AUGCCUGAGAAAGUCAAGCUACCCCCUCUUCUUUGCAUGACGGUGAACAAGACGGGUCCCGCGAGAUCUGAAUAUCGUUUUAGCUUCACACCAAAGGUAAAACUCGUCCAACCUCACGUCAAGCUCGCCUCCAGUUUCAUGUAUCGGCGUCCUCCCGAUUCUAUCCGUGGCCAGCCCCGCGAGAGCUUUCAGCCUGGUUUUGUUCCCGCUGCAAGAUCGGGCUGGCUUGAUGACUAUGUGUUUCUGCAUAGCAACGCGUUUUACAGCAACAACAAAGAGAAGCGGACUUAUUUCACUGUAAGGCCAGAUUGGGUGUCUGAAAGAUGUGUUCGGAAGAAUAAUCCUUUCUCUUAG